AUGGCUUCUCUGUACAAUAUUGUCGAGGAUGAUUCCGACGAAGAGAGCGGAGAGAAUCCUGAUUUCCCGUUCGCGAAUUCGGCAUCUGCUGCCCUGUUCAUGGCCGGCUUGUCUGACCGAGUUGGAAUCCCAUACGGUGUAGCCCAGGUGCAACAUGAAUCACUACCUACUUUACACCUGCAUACGGGAAAUACGUCCAGUCUCAUCAUUCCCAACAGCAAGCUUCUGAGUAGUACAAUGAAGAUCUCUGUCCGCACUGGACCGGGUUACGGUGGUCAAAACAGCUGGCGAGAACUAAGUGCGAAUCGGAGACAGCUUGACAUCAAUAUCGGUUCAGGGCAGCGGCACAUCUAUGUGGAAACUCGGAGCUCUGCAGACCAUUUGGCCCCAGAAGUUUAUUCGAUCAAGGUCAUUUUGGUCGUCUCUUCCAAGACUCGGACGGAAAAACAACGGCGGAAAUCUGCUCGGGGGCUUGUUCUCUGGGCGCGCUCACUGUCUUCUGGAGAUUUAUUCAACUUGGAAAGGCAAGAAAAAGGCACAUUUGGGCAGGGGAUAAUGGAGGGAAUGGCCUCGGACUGUUUACUACACCAUACAUACCUUGUUGAAGGUCAACCUGUGAAUCGAAAGGAUGUUUUAUUCCUCCAUCACUGCCCCAAACAUCGCUGCAAGAAAACCCAACGCCCGAGACUAUUAAUGGAAGCAGAGCGGGAGACUACAGUCGUUGCGGGCGACGAUGGCUCCUCCGGCGACAAUACGGUGCCAACCCCUGAUCCGCCAAAAUCUAGCGCCUCUGGGCAAAGCGUCCGCCUGGUUCAAGGCUGGUUGUUCGGCACGAGAGGUUGGCGCAGAACUGCUAAAAUAGACCGUUUAGACUGGAGACUGGGCAGCAAGGAAUCCGCCAAUAAUGACGGCCAGGCUGUGAGAUUGAACAGGGCAGUGCGGGUGGCAUUUGGAAGAGCUCGGGAAGGGGGAAGGGCUGUGAAAAUGAAGGCCUCCACGGGCUUUCUGCUCGCCUCGUGCGCAGCCGUCGCUUCGGCAUUAUUCCAGAUCGAGGUCAAGACAGCUGCAGAUAAACAUGUUAAUCUCGUUGUAAAGCUAGAUGAGCUGGAGAGAACACAUCGCUCCGUAAGUAGCGGAUAUGGCGCAUCUGUCAAAGAACCAGGGGUCUACUGCCAAGCGUACGCAGACCCCCACGGUCGCGACGAACUAGGCGAGCCCUUCCGUAAGGACAAAGAUGUCGUCUUUGCCAAAUACUCCGAGGGUGCGUUGUCUAUCGGUUCGUUCUUGUGCGUUGAUGAGGUGUCCAAACUGCGACCAGAUGGGAAGGCUGGUGAUGGUAAAGAGGAUGACGACGACGACGACAAUGAUGAUGACGAUGAUGAUGAUGAUGGAAAGGCGGACAGCGAUGAUUUACAGCUUAGCGGAAAGGGUGGGGAUGAUGAUGAUGAUGACGAUGAUGACGAUGAUUUAGAGCCUGGAGAGAGAGAUCAGGGUGAUGAUGCUGUGAAUUCUUUGAAAGCUGCCGGGGAAGAUGGGUAUGGUUAUGACGACGACGAUGAUGAUGAAGCGGAUGGGGAUGAUUUGGAUAUCGACGGGAAGGAUUGGGGUGAGGACGGGGGUUUGGACGAUGACGACGACUACGGAGAAGAUACGUUGUCCGACGGACAUGCCUCAAAUCCUAGCAGCAAAGAUCUAGUCGAUGACCUGGACGACGGAGAUGAUGCGGAGGACGACGAGAACUCUCUCAAAUCUGGCAGCCAUGACAGUUCCAGGUUUGAUUUGGACGACGAUGAGGCGGAUGCGGACGGUGCGGAUGACUUGGACACAGGUGAUGACGAUGGCGACGAUGAUCUGGAGCCCAGCGGGCAGGACGAGAACAGGAAGCAUGCUUUGAAAACUAGCGGGAAGGGCGAGGAUGCUGGGAAGGAUCUCGAGACUGACGGAGGGGACAGUGAUGACUUUGAGAGUUUAGAUCUCUAUGAUGACGAGGAUAAACUCGAUGAAGAUCCGUCGCAGAAGAAGCAUGGACUGCACAGCUAG